AUGGCAUGGUGGGAGGCCGACAACAUGGAUGAGGAGUCCAACGAGGAGGAUGAGGUGGAACGCCAACGGCAAUUGGAUCAGCAGCAGCAUGAGAGGCUCAAUGAAGCGGGAACCCUGGAUGGCUUGAAGGACCUCAUUCUAGACGCGCUGCCCCUGGUGGACGAAGUCUAUGACAUGUUGUCCUGUCGUUCUGCUGGGCUCCAACGCUACCGCGCCGUGCUGGCGCAGGCUGCACGAAAUCUCAGUGACGAGAACUGGCAGGAGUUUUUGCGGAAGCCCAUGCAGUCGAUCUACCUGCAGGACGACAAGGUCUUUGACCGUCUGAUGACCGACGCGGAGCCCCUGUGGAGGCGCAUGAUGGAACUCACCGUGGCUUUCGCAGCUCAGGCGAAGCGGCAGCAGAGCAACGCGCUGAGGGAAUAUCUCUACAUUUGCACGGGAACGCCCCGGCGCGAGCUAUUGGAGUUCUUUCACAAUCGAAGUUGGAAAGUGGUCCGUCAGCCACCCACCACCUCAUUUCAGCACCUGCCCAAAGCUGGCAGUCUUGAUGGACCACCUGGGUAUCCCCUAGCAGUGGUGGACCUGUCAUUCUCACUAGCCAGGGGCCACGCGUCGGAGGAAGCGGACGCAGAGCUGGAGGAUGUGGAGGAUGUGGAGCUGGAGGACCUCCCCAUGGGGCCGGAGGAGGUCCGGCAGCGCAGCUCGAGCCGUAGCUCCUGCAGCUCGAGUCGUAGCUCCCGUGGGGGAAUGCCGCAGUGGUUGGCAGAAGCCCUGAUGCCAAACCCCGCAAACAGCGCCGUUGGGACUGCCCCUCUCGCGCAUCUGCCUCUGCACAGCAGCGGCUUGGGCAAAAUCGGCGUCUCGCGCAGCCGCGGCGUGCGGCAGCGGCUGCAGCUGAUGCAAGGCGCGUUGGCGGAGGCCUUGCAAUGCCUGGCGCCUGGUGGGGUGAUGGUCAUCAGCUGGUGCGGUCUACCAGUGCAUCCCAUCCUCCCCUUCCUGGCGCAGAGCCUGCGGCCAGCCUUUCGCAGGGUCCACGUUCUGGCGCCUCCUGAGAUCGACACCUACGAGACUUACAUCCUUGCAGUGGAGUACGAUUCCGAGGGUCACAACUCGCGCCCGGAUCCGGUGCUCGAAUUCCCGCCAGCGACCGAGGAUGAAACGCCCGCAAGCAUCUCAAAGUUUGCGUUCUACGAUUGGUUGCGCAGCCCCAUUAGGCGCUCCUCCGGCUAUGAUGAUGCUGUGGCUUGGACGCUGCCGCAGAAGAAGCUUCAGGCCGAGUGCUUGCCCCAGUACCAGAACAGUGGCAAUCCGGUGAGACGCAUGAGCAACUACAACCGUCCCUGGUUGACGGCCAUGACGGGCAGCCAGCAGAAGACCUCACUGGACCCAGAAGCGAGAUGUGACGAGAUGUGGUCUCUAUACGCUGAGAAACUCAGACUUCUGGCAAAUCGCUUGGAAGAGGGCUCGGUAUCCUUGGAGUCCCUGCCCCCUAAGCCGCCCUACCGUGUGAACGCCACUACCCGCUGGGGCCUCGCUCCCUCUCGGCUGCCCUUGGACAUGCCCAGCGAUGCGGCGGCGCAGCUGGUGGCGGAGUCCAAGGGAUCCAAAGGCGCGAAGCGCAGUGGAUCCAAAAGCUCCAAACGAAGUGGAUCCAAGAGACCCAAAUCCAAGGAGCCCCCAAGCAAAGUCGAGCCUGCGCCGGCUGCUCCCCCGGCUCCGCCUGCAGCGGCCGGGCCUGCCACCGUUCCGGAAACGCCCGUGGCCCCUGCUGUGCCCGCCGUGCCGCCGGUGGUGGUGCCGGUCCCUGCAGUGCCAGAGCCAAUGGAGACGAGUUCGGCCACGGACAGCUCAGAGGCCGUCGAUCCGGUAGCGCCGGUAGCACCAGCGGUGCCCGUGGAAGAAGAGAUGCCUGAGGCGAGUCAGUUUUCGGAAGAAGACUUUCUGAAGGCCUACCAACAACCGGACCGCCGAAACGCGCCGCGGCGGGCCCGCGUGCCAGGGACUGUGUCGGGACGGACGCCAAAGACAGGGACGAUGUGGAUGAGCUCAACGCUGGGUGGAGCAUCAGGAAUCGGUCCUGACAUCGUGUCGAUGAUGCGUCGCAGCAGCUUCCUGCGGGGGACCUUUGAAAAGAUCAACUUGGCGGAUCAGAGUUCAUUGCCAGAUCUCUACAAAGCUGCAUGGCCCAUGCCGAACAAGCGCUUGGCGACGGGUCUUGGCGCUCAUCAAGGCGUCAAGGUCGAAAGCCGCCCCUUGAGCGCCACACGAGCCAUGCCUGUGCCAGCACUGGGCUCUAGACCACAUAGCACUGCAACACGACGGCCCAAGCCCCUCCUCACCCCCACUGACACGCGGCCCUCCUCGGCCGGUACCAUGCCCGUCCCGCGAACAACGCGCGACACGCGUGCGGGCUCUAAGAAGGGGCCCCUGAAGCGCGUUGAAACAAAAAAAAGAUGA